AUGUCUACCCCUCUCUACGACUACAGUGUUCCCACCUUCAUCAAGGGAUUGAAGGCGCUGUCCAACAUCUUGCAAAAGGCUGCGGACUUUGCUCAGGAGAAGGGCAUCGCUGUCGACGAGGUGGUUGGCUGGAAGCUCGCCGAGGACAUGUUGCCUGUCUCUUUCCAGGUGCAGACCGCCAGCAACGUGGCGAAGAACUCUCUGCCUCGCAUCGCCGGCUACGAGGAAAACCCUAUUGAAGACAACGAGAAGACCGUGGCCGAGUUGCAGGCUCGCAUCGCCAAGACCAUUGAAAUGCUCGAGAAGGCCGAGGCCAGCCAGUUCGCCGGCAAGGAGAAGAACGAGGUCAAGAUCCAGGCUGGCCCCAAGCUGCUCGAAUUCGAGGCCCAGUCGUACCUCACCAACUUCGCCUUGCCCAACUUUUACUUCCACCUCACUACCGCCUAUGCCAUUUUCCGAUCUAAGGGUGUUCAGCUUGGCAAGUUCGACUACUUGGUGCCUUUCAUUCAAUAA